AUGAGGCGCUAUAUCAUCACCCCCGUUGAAGACAAGGACUGGACUAGUCUCGUUGAAAUUCAAUUUCGUGCAUUUUCCACCGAAUGCUUUUUCCAUUUGCUCUAUGGAGAGGAUACUCACUUAAACCGCUCCAGAUGCAAAGAGAGAUAUCUCGGCCAGCUGCGUAAACAGACAAAUAUUUUGUGGCUCAAGGCCACUGAUGCGCACGAUCCAGAGCGGAAAUUGCUAGGAGCAGCGAAAUAUGAUCUUAACCCCGCAUAUACCGCGGGUAUUCCCCUCAAGUUUAACCCGGAUAGUAUGUUCUGGCUGGACGAUGUCGAGGAGAAGAAGGCUGCAGCUGCUACUUGGGAGCUGGUGACUGAUCGGAGAGCCAAGCACAUCAAAGCCCCACAUAUUCAGCUCGAUCUCAUUUUCGUUGCACCAGAAUACCAAGGAAAAGCAAUAGGGAAUGGUUUACUGGAUUGGGGCAUUGAACUUGCAAGUCAUAUGAUGCUCCCAUUAGAAGUGUAUGGUAACGUCGGAGAACUGGGCUAUUCAAUAUAUCAUAAUGCUGAAAAGGCCAAGAUCGAUGCAAGAUGGCAUCCUGAUGUAUGA